UGGCGGCAGUUGGCGCGGCCCGGGAAGCGGCUGCACGUGCGGGCGGGGGCGAUGCGUCACUGAUCGGAGGAACAAGGAUGAAUAUGACUCAAGCCCGGGUUCUGGUGGCUGCAGUGGUGGGGCUGGUAGUUGUCCUCCUGUACGCCUCCAUCCACAAAAUCGAAGAAGGACACCUAGCUGUGUACUACAGGGGAGGAGCUUUACUAACUAGCCCCAGUGGACCAGGCUAUCAUAUCAUGUUGCCUUUCAUUACCACGUUCAGAUCUGUGCAGACAACAUUACAAACUGAUGAAGUAAAAAACGUGCCUUGUGGGACAAGUGGUGGGGUCAUGAUUUAUAUCGACCGAAUAGAAGUGGUUAACAUGUUGGCUCCGUAUGCAGUGUUUGAUAUCGUGAGGAACUAUACUGCAGAUUAUGACAAGACCUUAAUCUUCAAUAAAAUCCACCAUGAGCUGAACCAGUUUUGCAGUGCCCACACACUUCAAGAAGUUUACAUUGAAUUGUUUGAUCAAAUAGAUGAAAACCUGAAGCAAGCUCUGCAGAAAGAUUUAAACGUCAUGGCUCCAGGUCUCACUAUACAGGCUGUGCGUGUUACAAAACCCAAAAUCCCAGAAGCCAUACGAAGAAAUUUUGAGUUAAUGGAGGCUGAGAAGACAAAACUUCUUAUUGCUGCACAGAAACAAAAAGUUGUGGAGAAAGAAGCUGAGACAGAGAGGAAAAAGGCUGUUAUAGAAGCAGAGAAGAUUGCACAAGUGGCAAAAAUUCGAUUUCAGCAGAAGGUGAUGGAGAAAGAAACGGAAAAGCGCAUUUCUGAGAUUGAAGAUGCUGCGUUCUUGGCCCGAGAGAAGGCGAAAGCAGAUGCUGAGUUUUACGCUGCACAUAAAUACGCCACCUCAAACAAGCACAAACUGACCCCGGAGUAUCUGGAGCUCAAAAAGUACCAGGCCAUUGCUUCCAACAGUAAGAUCUAUUUUGGCAGCAGCAUCCCUAGCAUGUUUGUGGACUCCUCUUGUGCUUUGAAAUAUUCAGAUGUUAGGACUGGAAGAGAAAGCUCUCUCCUCUCUAAGGAAGCUCACGAACCCUCUGGAGAGAGCCCCAUCCAAAACAAGGAGAGCACGGGUUGAUGCAAGAGGUGGAAAUGACCUCCCAUAUCAAGAUGUGUCCCAUGGGGUUCAGGGGGAACAAUGGUUAUACCGACUCUUCAGACUUAGAGAACUUGUGCUAUCUGUUCUGCCUCUCCUGUGAUUAUCCUCGUUUAUUGACUCAGUGCGACAUAGAGCCAGCUGUCUGGCACUCAGAGGGUCUUUUCAGCUGCAGUUUUAUCAAGUAUUUCUUGUGUUCUUUCCAAACUGGUACUCAUGAAUGAGGGAAUGUCUGAUGCUACGAUACUGCCUGCACUGGAAUGUCAAACACUAACUACAUAACAAGCUGUGUUUUUCUAA